UACGUAAAUAUAGCUUUUUGGAAAAUCCUUAUUAUUUUCCUGUUUCACAUCUUUUUAAUAAGUUUACAUAUUUCACAUGUUUCGUUGCUUGUUAAAUUAUAGUUUUAAUCUAAUCAUAUGGAUUUAUAGCUGUUUCCCAAACAUGGGAAAAACAACCAAACGAGAUCCAGGUUGAUCCGUACGCAAAAAGCUACCUAAAUCAGGGAGCAAGACUGAUAAGAAAAGAACAGGGACCAACAAAUCUGAUGCGGUCCCGAAGCGACCCAGGUCUGGUGCUGAACAUGUUCCCUCUGCCGAUAAAUCAAGACGAAGAUCAAAACGGUUUGUUCCAACUAUUGAAAAGAAAACCGCAAAACGAGUUGUCCUUUCUGGUCAAACAUCAGACAAAUCAUAAUAGUCAACGUCCACACAUUUCAGGAGACAAAAAAUGUGAUGCGACCCAGAAGAGUCCCCUGUUGCUUGAGUUUGUUUCCCCAGUCGACAAAAGAAGAAAAGUCAAACGGAAAACCAGUUCAGUAACCACGCAAGGCAAAAAGUCUCAACGGAAGGGAGGCCAGUCUCCCUUCUUUACGGCGUUUGCUGAGAUGUUCAAAUCAGAGCACCAACAGCACAAGAAAAAGAAAGGGACUAAAUCUUAUGCGGUCCAGAAGAGUUCCCUGUUGCUUGAGUUUGUUUCCCCUGUCGAAGAAAGAAGAAGCAGUUCAGGACCCAAUCGGGCCAAAAUGUCUCCACAAGUUUCUUCUGAUUGGACGCAUGUAAACGAUGCGGUUCUGGAGAUACCUAAAUUCAAUGCUGAGCCUAGUCCCUCUGGGGAAAGACGAAUGGUCACACGUUCAGCAACCAGGAAAAACAGAACGGGUGGACUAGUUUGCGUUUGUGAUGAUGAUUUCUUUAUGGUCGGGGCUGGGUGGCAAAAGCCAUCGGACGCAAAGGACAAGAAAACAAUAGGGACCUCUGAUGCGCACCCAGACGAACCGAGAUCAGCCGUUCAGCCUGUUCCAGCUGACGAAAUGCCUGACGGAGUAGAUCAGCCGGCAGACCUUCCAGAUCCAAACUACCGUUCACUCGAACAAAAACUAUCUUGAAUACAGCUAAUUCAGACUUUUUUAAGUUUGUUCAAACACAAACUGAACAAUUAAAAAACGGCUCGAUCUUACUAACAGCCUGAAAGUAGAGCGUGAAUUUAAAGAAAAGGAAGAUUUUAUCAAGAUUGGAAAACGGCCAUAUUAUAUUUCCAACAGAAAUGGAAAUUUUAUUCAAAUAUGUGUUAAUGUCGUUAUAAAUUGGCAAUCAAUAUUAUUGUUUUUCAAAUAUGCUUAAAGUUUGUAUGAUAUAAAAAUAUGUUUGGUUUUUUUUUCAAUUACGAAGAUGAGUUCCAACUAUCUUAUACUUUUGCAUGUCAUUAAAAUAAAUCACAACCUUAGGCGCACAUUAUGCUUAAAAAACAAAGGAAAACACAAUCAGGCGCACAUUAUGUUUUAAAAUAAAUCACACACUGAGGUGCUAAUUAUGUUUUCAAAUAAAUCACACC